GGGGACACAAGGGACACAGGAUACGCAAAGGGAAACAUGGGAACACAGGGGACACAAGGGGACACAGGGAGACACAAGGGACACAGGAAGACACAAGAGACACAGGGAACACAAGGAGACACAGGGAACAUAAGGGACACAGUUGGACACAAGGGACACGGUUGGACAGAGUGGUCACAAGGGGGCACAAGGCGGCACAGUGGACAUAAGGGGACACAGGGGACACAGGGGACACAGGGACACAAGGAACACAGGAGACACGAGGGUCACAGGGAUCACAAGGGGACCCAAAGGACACAUGGGACACAGGACAAGGGACACAGGGGACACAAGGGGAAACAGGGGACACAAGGGACACAAAGGGACACGCGGGACACAGGGAACACUAACGGACACAGGGGGCACAGGGAACACAGGGGACACAAGGGAACACAGGGGACACAGGGGGACACAGGGAAAACAAAAGGACACAAGAGACACAUGGGGACACAAGGUACACAAGGGGACACAGGAGACACAAGAAACACAGGGGGACACAGGGGACACAAGGGACAGAAUUGGGCACAGGGGACACCAGGGGACACAAAGGACACAAUUGGACACGAGACACAAUUGGACACAUGGGACACUGGGGGGCACAGGGGACACAAGGGGACACAAUGGGACACGGGGAACACAGAAAUAAUGCCAUUUCGCAUUAUUUCCGUGUUAUUCAUUCUCGGACAUUUCUUUGAGAUUAACCGCAAUUUCACAAUGGCAGUGCUUACGUUACAUAUGGUAAUAACCUCAAGCGAAGUUCUGAGUCUCUCUACUUUUUUGACCCCUCCAAAUCAAUAACAAAUAUCAACUCUCCUUUUAUAGUACAUUCACCCAUCUGAUGCGCACAAGCUUGGUCAAGCGGAAUUAGUGGUGAUUGACGAGGCUGCUGCUAUACCUUUGCCCCUGGUCAAAGAUCUCAUGGGUCCUUAUCUUGUCUUUCUCUCGUCAACUGUCAACGGGUAAGGUUGAAAUUUGUGCUGAAAUAAAGGGAAUUUCAAAGUAACUUUCUUUCCAGCUGCAGUCAAACCUCCACCUACGGCCACCUCUCCACAACGGCCAAUUUUUUCUGCGGACAGUCCAUAAAUUGACUCUUGUUUAAACUUAUUUUCAACGGCUACUUUCUUCUGUCCCCAAGGUGGGCGUUGUGGAGGGAUUCAACUGUAAAGGUUUUUAUAGCUUUCCGAAUGCUGAUUCAUCGAGUGGUCUAACUCUUUUUUGAGGGCUUUCAGAAAGUGGGGAAGACGCAAAAGUGAAAGGUACGCGAAAAGUUGGCGGGGCGCCCUUCCCCUCCCCAGUUUCCUCCCGGUUUUUUUCCAUCUCCGCGCUUCAGUGGACUCGACUAUCUCGGAGCCUGGAACAGGCUACCCGUUGCCCGUUUACCAUUUUGGUAACAUCCCUGUUGCCGAACCGAAAAUAUAAGAGUGGUGAGUGUCUUGUGUUAGUUUCUAUGGCACUUUGGAUGAAAUCAAAUCUGAUGGUAGAUUUUCCUACGUAGGUAUGAAGGAACUGGCAGAUCUCUGUCUUUAAAACUCAUCCAGCAGCUGCGAGAACAGAGUGCACCUUUAGGCUCAUCAUCAUCAUUAUCAAAAUCUGCAAACAAAGGAAGCAGUUCUACUACUCUGGGCCGCACUCUUAAUGAGAUAACACUGAACGAGUCAAUCCGUUAUGCUCCAGGAGAUGAGGUGGAGAGAUGGUUAAAUCACUUACUGUGCUUGGAUGCUACUGUGGUUCAGAAACUUACUUCAGGAUGUCCACUGCCUGAAAACUGUGAUCUGUAUCCUUUUGGCGUUCCAUGAUGGUUUUUUAUUUUUAAACUGUAUAAUUUGGCGUAUUUAGUUUGUGUAGCAAUUUCUGAUAGAACAAGUAAUCUUCAUGGCAUAUAUGUUCUUGUUCAAGCGCUUAUUAUAUUAGAGUGUAAUCGAAAUUGCUAUAACCGUUUCUGUGCACUAAUAAUAUGCAGUUUCUCCAGUUGUAGGACUUGUAUGACUCAUAACGCUCGAAAAACCCCUCUCAAAAAUCUGCUCUCAAUUUUCAAGUGUCGCUAAUUAGAUGCAAUUUCACCAGUUGUAUGAUUUAUACGAGUCGUACCACUGAAAAGGUCCCCCCUCGACAAUUCUGCUCUCAGUUCUUGAAAAUUUCGCUGAUGAGAUGCCAUUUCACCAGUUGCGCGAAUUGUACGAGCCGUAUCACUGGAAAAGGGCCUCCCUCUCUACACUAAGGAGGUGCAACCAAGUAAUGUUCUUCACUUCUUUCUUUCAAACGUAUCACAUUCGCCACAUGAACUAAUUGCACAAUUUGACGACUCUUCCCACUUGAAUCUUGACUUGUACGACUUGAACAAGUGGACGCGAGUGUUACAUUAGCCCGCGAGUAGGCUCUCCGUAGAGAACGCGCGAGCUUGAGCAGCAAGGCCGUCCUUUUCGCGUCUCCUUUCGCUCGUGGCGCUCGCUCUUAAAUUUUCACGAUAUCCCUCAAAUGGAGAGCUUGGUCGCAGGUUAUGUUGACAUCAGAGUGUUUCUUAAAUUGCAAUUAUUAAAUAUGAAUGAGGAGAAGUCAAUGUUGACUCGAAAUGAGUAUCCCUAACGCGGUUUAUUUUUCUCAAGCCGGAAACAUAAGCUCGAACUCUCUCCAACUUUGAAAAGUGAAGUAUGGAUAUUUCGUUUCGUGUCAUAACAUUAACAAAAUUUUCUAAUCUGAAUGGCUCUUAGCAGCCUGUUUUUAAUAUUAAUAGGACAAUGUAGUGGGAUUAUUCACGUCAUUGCUAAGUUAUUGAACGAUAUACGUCACCACGCUGGCUGUAAUAGUACAGUUGCCCUCAAUGGAUUCCUUUUCUUCCUGCAUCUAGCAAAAGAUUAGGGGCGAUAUUUUUCUUUCAUCAGCUAUCCCUUGUCUAAAUUUAUUUAGAACCGUGUUUGAGAUGAGUUUUUUUUAUACAUGACCUUAAUGGCAUCCUUCAGAUAUUAUGUCAACCGGGACACUCUUUUCUCGUAUCACAAAGCAUCUGAAGUUUUCUUACAGAGAUUGAUGGCUCUCUAUGUAGCUUCACAUUACAAGGUAGUUUUAUGAGCUGGUGCAGUCAACUAAUCCUGAAUUCAACAAAGCAGUUGUUAGAGUGAAUAUAUUUAGAGAACACAGGCAAACAAUUCAGGUAAAUGUUCUUUCUUGUUUUACUGGUACAUCGAACUACAACUAGACAUACAUUAUCGCAAAAAUCUCUCGGAGCAGAAAAGGGUCAGCAGUGAGAAUAAAAAUACGAUGAAAGAAAAAAAACGAGAAAAAAAAAACUGGAAGUAGAUUUGAACGAGAUUUGAACCUGCACCCCAACUUCCUCCGGCACAAAAAGUGAAGCCUCGUGCCACAUGGGUACACAGGGGACACAAGGGACACAGGAUACGCAAAGGGAAACAUGGGAACACAGGGGACACAAGGGGACACAGGGAGACACAAGGGACACAGGAAGACACAAGAGACACAGGGAACACAAGGAGACACAGGGAACAUAAGGGACACAGUUGGACACAAGGGACACGGUUGGACAGAGUGGUCACAAGGGGGCACAAGGCGGCACAGUGGACAUAAGGGGACACAGGGGACACAGGGGACACAGGGACACAAGGAACACAGGAGACACGAGGGUCACAGGGAUCACAAGGGGACCCAAAGGACACAUGGGACACAGGACAAGGGACACAGGGGACACAAGGGGAAACAGGGGACACAAGGGACACAAAGGGACACGCGGGACACAGGGAACACUAACGGACACAGGGGGCACAGGGAACACAGGGGACACAAGGGAACACAGGGGACACAGGGGGACACAGGGAAAACAAAAGGACACAAGAGACACAUGGGGACACAAGGUACACAAGGGGACACAGGAGACACAAGAAACACAGGGGGACACAGGGGACACAAGGGACAGAAUUGGGCACAGGGGACACCAGGGGACACAAAGGACACA